AUGAACCAACAACAACCACAUCCUUGCAAUCCAAAUGAGCAGAAACAAGUUGUACAUUCUCAUCCUCUCGGAAAUAACAACAACAUCAUUCCUGUUGAUGAUUAUUUUCAUCAUCCACCUCACUCUCAUGCCCAUGUACCACUUGUUUCGGUUCCUACCUAUUGCUCUCAUCAGACCAUACCUACCACCACGAUGGUUCAUAGUACAAGCUCAAUUCAAGAGCAGCAGCAACCACUCCCACAGCAACAACAACCUCUAUUCAUCGGCAACGUUUCAUAUCCAAUAAUUUCCAACAAUAACAUUCCAUCGUUCAAUUGUUCAUCGUGUCCCACGUCGGGAAUCCCAUCAUCAUCCCCUCUUAUGAACCAUGAAGACUCUUCUCAUUAUUACGGUCAUCAACAUCUUAAAAAACGUAAAUUGAGUACCAAUCAUCAUCACCAUGAUCACAGUGUAAAAUCACCUUCAUUAUCGCCGUCUCCUGAACCAACUUCCCUAGCCUCUACCCUUCCCAAUAACAAUCCUAGCACUUCUUCCAAUUUAUAUCACAAUUCAAAUAAUAAUAAUAAUUUAUAUGGCCACAUUCCGACCUCUCUUGCUAAUGGCUCAAUUCAUCAAAUUUCAUCAAAAGUCACAACACCAUCCAGCAGCGGUCUUGACGUUCCUCGAAACACAAAUAUUGGAAGCUCCACAACAAGCCCUUCCUAUGAAGUUGAAAGCAUUCCGACCCGACUAUUCAUGGGUGAGCAAGUUCGUGUUCGAAUUUGCGAAAUUCCAACCAUUCUACAUCAAUUUCAAAGCAUGUGUCAAAGUGGUGACCACAUUCAUCAUGCUGUUUCGCUCGAAAAUUUAACAAUUUGCUUUCAGAAAGAGGGUUUAUUUAACAUUCAAAUUCCAUGCCAAUUAGAAGGUGCGGAUUGCAUUGUUUUCCGAGUGCCUGGCCGUGAGACAUUUCUUCCAUUCAUGCAACAAGAAGGGAGUAUCAUCAAUUCACAAAGAAGAAGCCCAAUCCAUUCAUCUGCAUUGCAUCACUGUGCUGUGACCAUAUCUGCAAGAAACAGCAUUCCGAACGGAGGAGAUUGCCUCAUGAUACUCAUGCAUCAAGCUUGUUGUUCCAUAGUAUGUAUGGAAUCUUGCGACAUGAUCAAUCUUGUAGGAGGUUGUUUUGGCCAAAACCCAAAACGAUUACGAGACUUGUUGAUACAACUCAAAGAACGGUAUGCAGAAGAUUUUGGAGCCAUGCUUCAUGCAGAAGAUGAACAUCCUCUUACUGAACCAUUUAGAUCUUUUUUGAAAAUUGUGGCGGAAAUUGGAAAAGGAUCAAAUGGUUUUGUUUAUGUUGUCAAAUCAAAGGCUCUCAACAUGUCACAUUUGGAAAUACCAUUCUGGAUUUCAAGAAAAUUAGCUCUCAAGCAAUGUUUUUUUACAAAUCCUGUAAAGGUUCAAGAAUAUGUGGCAAUGCAUCGUUCAAUUAUGGAAAUUUCAAAAAAUCCAGAGUCACACAUUGUGGAUAUUUAUGAUGUACAAACAGUCCAAGUAGAGGAAUCGAACACCCAUGUAGUUGAAAUGGUAAUGCAAAAAAUGGACUAUGAUUUAUAUUCAUACACCAGACGUUAUUUGAAAGGAUCUCUCUCCCUGAAUACUCUUAAAACUCUAUUCUCAAUUAUCAAACAAACAGUGAGUGGUAUUCUAUCGAUUCAUAUGGCUGGCUAUUGUCAUUUGGAUAUCAAGGAAGCAAAUAUCAUGCUCAAUAGAGACAAAUUAGUUAAAUUAAUUGACUUUGAUUUUUCUACUACAUCCAAUGCGGUAUUAUCUGGGAGGAGAGGUACCAUAUUAUAUUUAUCUCCAGAAAUGGCUAAUAUUAAGGAGGUCACAAAACCUAUUGACAAAUGUGAUGUUUGGAGUUUGGGAGUUGUCAUUUUAAAUAUCAUGAGAAAAGUCCAACAAUUCAAAAAAUAUGAUAUUGUUAAAAUUGCUUCCAAAGACAUGCUUGUUGAUGACGAUCAUACAGUAUUCAUUGUCGGUAAUGCUAAGCAACAGAGCUCUGUGGACUCUCUUAUUGAAAAAGUUUGUCUUCUCGAUUCGUCAUCAUUCAGCAAUGACUCGGAAGUUACUCGUUAUAUGCACGUAAUUUCUCAACUACUCACCAACAUGCUCAAGCUUGAUUAUAAUGAAAGAUAUUCUGUGAACGAGCUUUGGAAUUAUAUGGAAAAAAUGUCCAAAGAACUGUAG